AUGUCUUCUGCUAAGAACUACUCCCUUGAAGUGUCGCCAGACGAACACAACCGUGUGGUGACCUUCACAGUCAAGAAACACCCUUCGCUAUUUUUGACAUAUGUGCGUACUCCCUUGGCCACGGUUCUUUUGGCAUUCCUUGUGCCGAAGGCAGUUGCAGGCGUGUCGGGCGCCUUCGAAUGGAAACUCUGGAGUUUCUUUCAACAACCCGGCUGGUCCAGUGUCUUGUUGCAUCAGUACAUACUAUGGUUUAUCCAAGGCGGAUAUUCGCAACACGUCGAAUGCAUUGUGACGCUUUUGAUAGGUGUCAUUGCUGCAGCCCUUUUGCUGUUGCAGGAACCCUCAGACAGCAUGGUUGUCAUGGCAAACUUGGGAGUGCAGCUCAGCAGCAAAUCCAGGUGGAGGUUUUUGAACCGCCGCAGUAACAAGGAGUUCAUUCCUCUCUCGAACAUCAUCGACCUUGUCAUUCACGAGGGGUUCCAUGGUUAUGGCCAGGUCAUCUUUUACAUGUGCAUUUUGACAAAGGCGAAGAGUAAUAGCAGUGACGAAGGCAACGGCGUCAAUGUGGUGUUUCCGAAUUUUCUCCCACGGAAGGACAUUCUAAUUCAGGUCUGGAGACAUAGCCGAAAAAUUCUCUAUGGUGAUCAGAGACGCCACUUUAGACACAUUCCAGGAUACGGUUUGAAGGAGGUGCAGCAUUUGCACGAAUAG